AUGUGCUCGUCUCGCACCGCGGCCGCCCUUCUGGCGACGGCGACCAGGCGCCCUCCCUCCUGCUGUGCUGCUAGCGGCGCUCCGGUGAGAGCCUCCCCCCUCCGUGUUCUUCCUUCCGCGCGUGGCGCCAGUCAGGCGAGCGGGACCCGCUGUCGUCCCGCUUCUCCCUCCGCCUCUGCCGGCCCGGCGAGCGCAUUGCGCUGCUGCGCUCCCCCAGCUGCUGGCCGCGCUGCUCCUGUGACCCACGCUCCGCCAUGUGACCCCCUUCCUGGCGCCCCUGGGACCUGGGUGAGCGUGGCUCACCCCUCCGUUCGUCACCGCGCGCCUGGCGACGUUCCGCCCUUGGUCCCCCUCCGCUUCUGCCGCGUCCCGCUCCUGUGUCGCCUCUGGCGCUACGUCCUCCUGCGCGGCCCCUUCGCGAGCGUCCCUGCGGCCGUCUUCUCCCCAUCCCCGGGGCCGUCCCUCGAAUCCCCGCCAACGCCCUCGCUCAUCGCGGCGCCGCACGCGAUCCUCUGGCGAGUGAAUCGCCCCUGCGUCGCGGUGGCUUCCGCCGCCCACGUCAGUCCCACGAGCGCUCUCGCGUAG